CAGCAACGACGACCUCGUGAUUGCAAGCGACGCCAUCAUCAUCUUCCUCGCGCAGACGGUCGUCGCCGCAACCCACUGCGACCUCGUGCACCUUGGCGUCAUCUACGCUGGCUCCCUCCUGGCCAUGCUCAUCAACGUCUUUUACUGGAACAUCAACGCCCACGGCGAGACCUAUGUGUUGCUCUGUGCCAGCGGCGUCAUCUGCCUCGUGCUUGUGCGGGAGCUCGACAAGUCGCACCGAAGGAGCUUUUACCAGUAUUACACCUCGGAAGUGACCAACGAAGUGCUGCGCGAGUCCCUCGAUCAGAUGCUUGAGCUCGUCGUCUUCGACGAGUACAAGGCCGAAGAAAAGGCCGUGGUGGAGAAGCACUUGAACGCGCAGUCGGCAUUCCAGGAGCGGCUUCAGCCGUACCGCAUUCCGUUCGAGCACCUCUCGCUGCAGCGCGUGAUCGGGAAAGGCGGGUUUGGGGAGGUCAUUCUCGCCGACUACUUUGGAACGCACGUCGUGCUCAAGCGCAUGCACCGGCACAAAAUCUCGGACGCAGCGAUAUCCGAAUUCGCAGCCGAGAUCCUUCUCAUGUGCGACCUCCGGCACCCCAACGUGGUUCAGUUCAUCGGUGCCAGCUGGAACACGUAUUCGAACAUUGGCUUUGUACUCGAGUACGUCGGCCACGGCGACUUGUACCUCGUCAUCCACGACAAGCGCAUCGCCAAGUCGUGGAGUGACCCGUUCCAUCGGAUUGCGGUCGAUGCGGCGCGCGGCAUUUGUUAUUUGCACAGUAAAUCACUUCUGCACCGCGACCUCAAGAGCACCAACGUGCUCAUUAGCGCCACGUACUCGGCCAAGAUUUGUGAUUUGGGCAUGACCAAGUCCAUCUCGGAGCUCCAAACGACCGAAAAACAGGUUGGCACGCCGCUCUGGACGGCCCCCGAGGUCGUGCUCGGAGGCCAUUUUAGCCCAAAGUCGGAUGUCUUCGCGUUCGGCAUCAUUCUCUGCGAGCUCCUAACGCGACGAACGCCGUACCAUGAGAAGCGCGGCAGCUCACCGUACAACAUCAUGCUGGCGGUCGCCAAUGACGGCUUGCGACCGACACUGCCCACGUGGCUGCCUGGUCCGCUGCGGCACCUUGUCGAUUCGUGUCUCGCGGCAAAGCCUGAGGACCGACCAGUGAUGCUGGACGUCCUCUCGUCGCUCCAAGCGAAUGGCAUGCACCAGCUCCAGGCCGGCGACCAGUGGGCCAAGGUCCAACACCUCGUGCACGAGCACGCCCACCGCACGACGAGCUUCUCAAUUGAACUCGUGGGCCGGGCCCGCGACCAAGCGGCACUCGAAGCCUACACCAAGGCCACAGCGUUGCACACGUCCGACGACUCGGAGAACGAUGCCACCACCCGGACACCCGGUCUUGGGACAGAGCUCGCCAGUGCCAUCGAGACGGUCGUCGAGACAUGGGGUUAACUUAUUGCUUCCUUCUCUACGAACGGACCAACGUUGCGCUCUCA